AGGGAGCAGCGGGCGCAGGGCAAAGGCCGGGUAGCGCUGCGCGAUGCAGGUCCCCAUUUUCACGGUUGAUGCCUUUACAAACCGGCCGUUUUGUGGAAACCCCGCGGCGGUUUGUCUGCUCGAAAAUGUAAGUUUAAAAGAGAAACGAACAGAACUUUAAUGAGGGGCUGCAGCGGCGGUGUUCGCCGUUCUUGACCCGAGCUCUGGGACGCGAGGUUGCCUUGGGCUGCCGCCUCAGGCACGGCGUGCUGCGCUGCUGCCCCGGGCGGAGCGGGGUUAGCAAUUAUUACGGGACUUAGAUGAAGAUUUGCACCAAAAAAUCGCGACCGAAAUGAAUCUUUCAGAAACUGCCUUCAUCAGAAAACUGCACCCUACGGAUGACUUUACCAAAAGUUCCCGCUUUGGACUCCGAUGGUUCACCCCAGCCAAUGAAGUUCCUCUCUGUGGUCAUGCUACACUUGCCUCAGCUGCUGUUUUAUUUCACAUAAAAAAAAACCCAAACUCAGUUCUUACUUUUGUGACUCUGAGCGGGGAAUUGAAAACAAGACAAGAGAAAGACCAUAUUGUGCUGGACUUACCACUUUACUCAACCGACCCACAGGUACUUCAGGAAGUAGAAGAGUUAAUAAAGGCUGCCACUGGGGACAUGAUUGUUCAAGAUGUCCGUUAUUCUCCUGACACAAAGAAACUCCUGGUCCGCCUCAGUGAUGCUUAUGAAAGGUCUGUGCUGGAAGAACUGCAAGUGAGCGCACAGCGUUUUCUGUCAGCUGAAAAAACUGGAAAAGUGAAAGGACUCAUACUCACUCUGAAGGGAAAGUCCAAUGGAAAAGAGAAAGGUCAUGAUUUUUACUCCAGAUAUUUUGCACCUUGGUAUGGCGUGCUGGAAGACCCUGUUACAGGAUCUGCCCAUGCUGUUUUAAGCAGCUACUGGUCAGAGCAGCUGGGAAAGAAAGAAAUGCUUGCUUUUCAAUGUUCUCGACGUGGAGGAGAGUUGAAGAUUUCACUUCAUGAUAAUGGAAGAGUUGAAAUUGCGGGGCAAUUUGCUAUUGUAUUGAAAGGAAACUUGACUUUAUGAAGACACUGACACUAACAGUGUCAUGUAUCACACCUUCACAUUACUCAUACUGUGUUGAUUAUAUCUUAGUUUUCGUUCACUGUCCUCAAAAAUCUUUGAUUACUUACUGUCCAUUUUUUAAAAAUUGCUUGAAAAUGUUCACUUUUAAUCUUGAAGAUCUCUGGUAUUGUUUCCUUUACUUUCAUCUCAGGACUUCAUCUCGGAAAUCGUCCAAGGACAGCCCUGUUAUUUUUCUGCUCUUAAAUAAUUCUUUUUUUCUUUUUUUUCCCAAUUUCCACAUUAAAAGCCACUUAAACUCCUGGAUUGAUUUAUAAACUUCUUUAUGUGAUAAAACAAUCAAACUGACUUUGGUCAGCUUCCUUUCUCUGCCACAUUUGAAAUGAUUCUUAUGUUCAUUAAUUUACUUGAAUUAAAACAUGAAGAAAAUGCAAAA